UUCAAUGCAACAAUAAACUUAUUAUUACAUCUCUCAAAAGAUGUUAUUAUUUAUAGACUUUAAUGCCUUUACCCACCUGCCUAACACAUUGCUAUGAAUUAGAAGCUGCCUUGAAGUUAGGCCCAGGGUAGGCCUAUCUAUAUCACUAUCUCAGCCACAGGUCUGAAAUCUCGCCACUUGACCACACUGCACAAAAUGGCAACGCUACCAACAACCGUUGUUCAAGAAUUAUAUGGCCAUGAAGGACCUGUUAGGGCUGUUCGUUUUAAUGUUAACGGUAAUUAUUGCAUCACUUGUGGUAGCGACAAACUGUUGAAAUUAUGGAAUCCUUACACUGGUACUGUUCUGAGCACUUAUACUGGACAUGGUUAUGAGGUUCUAGAUGCAACAGCAUCAAAUGAUAGCAGCAAAAUUGCAUCGUGUAGUAGCGACAGAACUGUUGUACUUUGGGAUGUAUCAACAGGUCAAAUUGUUCGUAAAUUUCGUGGUCAUAUCAGUCGAAUAAACUGUGUUCAGUUCAAUCGUCCUGACUGCUCAUUGAUUUUAUCUGGAUCUUACGAUUCAACUGUACGUGUAUGGGACACAAAAUCCCGGAACAUGGAACCAAUUCAGGUUUUAGAAGAAGCUAAAGACAGCAUUACUUCUUUACAUGUUUCCCAGCAAGAAAUCUUUACUGGGUCGGUGGAUUGUAAUUUACGUUGCUAUGACAUCAGAAUUGGAAAGAUGAGAGUGGAUCAUAUUGGGCAACCUGUGACAUCAGUAAGAUUAUCUAGUGAUGGUCAGUGUGUACUGGUGUCCUCUUUGGAUAGUACAAUACGACUGAUGGAUAAGGACGGAGAAAUGCUUAAUGAAUUCACUGGACAUGAAAAUACAAAAUACAAACUAGAUUCAUGUCUUUCCCACACAGAUAGUGAAGUUAUCAGUGGUAGUGAAGAUGGUCGAAUUUGUUUUUGGGAUUUAAUUGAAGGAAAACUUUGUCAUACAAUAAAUAAAGCACACAAGACAACUGUAUAUUCACUAUCAUUUCAUCCUGAAAAAUCAAACAUGUUGUCAGCUUCAUCAGAUGGAACUGUAAAAUUAUGGGGAGAUAAGCCAGUUUGAGAAAAAAUUCUCACGAAAUGAUUAAUUAUUGAAUAUGGCAUCGCACGUGAAUGGUGUGUUUUCCUUGUCUCGUGAAAGGCUUUCUUGCAAGAACUUGCGCUUCCUUUUCAAUGAUUAAUAUCCAUCGUAAAAGAAAGAACUUCCAUAUAAAUGUAAAUUGCAAAAAUGCGACUUCCGACUACACUCAUGUUAGCACUCGAAAGCUGC